GAAUGUGGAAAGACCUUUGCUCAAAAAUAUAUUCUUAUUUCUCAUAAGAUGAUCCACACAGGGGAGAAGCCAGUUAAAUGCAUGCAGUGUGGAAAAACCUUUGCUCAAAAACAUCAUCUUAUUUCCCAUAAGAUGAUCCACACAGGGGAGAAAAACCAUAUGAAUGCAUGGAGUGUGGAAAGACCUUUGCUCAAAGUAGUCAUCUUAUUUCCCAUAAGAUGAUCCACACAGGGGAGAAACCAUUUAAAUGCAUGGAGUGUGGAAAAACAUUUGCUCGAAGAGAUCAGUUUAUUUCCCAUGAAAGGAUCCACUCAGGAGAGAAACCAUAUAAAUGCAUGGAGUGUGAAAAGACGUUUACUCGUGGCAGUGAUCUUAAAAGGCACAAAAAGACCCACACAGGAGAGAAACCAUUUAAAUGUACGGAAUGUGGAAGGUCCUUUGCUCGUAGAUAUACACUUAUUUCCCAUAAGAUGAUCCACAUGAAAGAAGCCAUAUAAAUGUACGGAAUGUGGAAAGACCUUUGCUCAUAGAUAAAAUGUUAUUUCCCAUUAGAAAUUAGGUGAAGGAAUAUUAUUGUUAUGUAGGAAUUAAAUACAAAGAGGGUUAAAAAUUAGAAACAUGUUGAUACAAUUAACAGAAGUAUAAAUUAGCUAAUACAAGAAAUGAGUUGAAAUUAUUUUGUUACACCAUCAUUAUUGUUACUAGUAUAUAUGUUGAUAUUCAUUUGUUUUCUUUUUCAUAAAUGAUAUGCCCUGACAAUAUACUGUAUUUAAAAAGUUUAUGAAUAAAACAUAUACUCAAAUAAAAUAGAAUAA